CUAGAGUUGAGAGGAAGUGAGCGUCUCGCAGAGGCUGCCGGGAAGCGGGUCGCAUUGGGAAGUGCGUUUUCCAGCCGUCCGUUCCCGGAAGCUGCGCUUAGGCGCGCUCCCCUAAACAACACAGAGGGAUUGUGGCCCGGACUCUUGUUAUUUGGCAGCAACCAGGCUGAUUCUACAAUCAGUAAAGGUCUGCGGGUUGUGACGUUUCGGUCCAACAAGACAGUUUUAUUCCUGAAAUGGGCUGCCAAGAGUUCUACCUAGAGGAGCUGGAAUCUGACUGGAACCCUGGGCAAGAGCUUUGCCAUAGGGAAUGGAAUGUCUGCAGUGUUACAUCAGAGUUCAGCCUUCAGAGGACUUAGGCCAAGUGGCACACCUCACUGCAGAUGAGCAUGCCUGGUUUUGUGCUGUCUGAUUAUCACAAACUAAUGAGACACAUGUUAGGUCUUAUGGACGCAGGUUCCACUGUUCUCCAGGUGCCCUGGCGGCUGGUGCAGGGGCUGUGAACAAUGGAACCCAACUCUCAGAGGACUAAAGUCCCAGCUUUCUUAUCUGACUUGGGGAAGGCCACACUGAGGGGAAUCAGGAAGUGUCCCCGAUGUGGUACGUACAAUGGUACCCGUGGGUUGAGCUGUAAGAACAAGACAUGUGGAACCAUAUUUCGCUAUGGUGCCCGAAAGCAGCCUAGCAUUGAAGCUGUCAAAAUCAUCACCGGCUCUGAUCUACAGAUCUACUCUGUGCGGCAAAGAGACCGAGGCCCUGACUACCGAUGCUUUGUGGAGCUAGGUGUUUCAGAGACCGCAAUCCAGACCGUGGAUGGUACAAUUAUCACUCAGCUGAGCUCUGGCCGGUGUUAUGUCCCAUCAUGCUUGAAAGCUGCCACUCAAGGCGUUGUGGAAAACCAGUGUCAACACAUCAAGCUAGCAGUGAACUGCCAGGCCGAGGCCACCCCUCUGACUCUGAAGAGUUCAGUCCUGAAUGCUAUGCAGGCUUCCCCAGAAACCAAACAGACCAUCUGGCAGUUGGCCACAGAACCUACAGGUCCCCUGGUGCAGAGAGUCACUAAAAACAUUAUGGUAGUGAAAUGCAAAGCCAGCCAAAAGCACAACUUGGGCUAUUUGCACACGUCCUUCAUGCAGAAAAUCAGCUCCAGAAGCUUGUCAGAGCGCCGUUUCUUCUGCUCCUGCCAGACUCUGAAAUCACAUAAGUCCAGCAUCCCCAAGGCUGAGGCAACCCCAAAGUGCAUCCACUUCUUUGCUUGCCUCUGUGCCUUUGCCAGUGAUGAGACAUUGGCUCAGGAAUUCUCGGACUUCCUAAAUUUCGAUGCCAGCGGUCUUAAAGAGAUAGUUAUACCCCAGUUAGGCUGCCACGCAGAAUCGUCUGUCUCAGCUUGUGAGUCUGCUGCCUCUAAGUCCCGGAAGAGGAAGAAGGAUGAAAUGUCUGGUGCACAGGUGAAUAACUCACUGAUGCCACAAGAUGCAAUAAACAGCAAUCUAAGGAAGAGCGGCCUGAAAAAGCCUGUGGUUACGGCGUCACUAAAAAGGCAGGUCUGUGGUCAGCUGUUAGAUGAGGCACAAGUGACCUUGUCCUUCCAAGACUGGCUGGCCAGUGUCACAGAGCGCAUCCAUCAAACCAUGCACUAUCAGUUUGAUGGAAAACCAGAGCCCCUGGUGUUCCACAUUCCUCAGUCCUUUUUUGAUGCCUUGCAACAGAGAAUAUCCAUAGGAAGUGCAAAAAAGCGGCUCCCCAACUCCACCACAGCUUUUGUUCGGAAAGAUGCCCUGCCACUGGGAACCUUUUCCAAAUACACCUGGCAUAUCACUAAUAUUCUGCAAGUCAAACAAAUCUUAGACACCCCAGAGAUGCCCCUGGAAAUCACACGAAGCUUUAUCCAGAACCGGGAUGGGACUUACGAGCUUUUUAAAUGCCCUAAAGUGGAAGUAGAGAGCAUAGCGGAAACCUACGGCCGCAUCGAGAAGCAGCCUGUCCUCAGACCCUUGGAGCUGAAAACCUUCCUCAAAGUUGGUAACACUUCCCCAGAUCAAAAGGAGCCAACACCCUUUAUCAUUGAGUGGAUCCCAGAUAUCCUCCCGCAGUCCAAGAUUGGUGAGCUUCGAAUCAAGUUUGAGUAUGGUCAUCAUCGGAAUGGACAUGUGGCUGACUACCAGGACCCAAGGCCAUCCAUGGACCAACCUUUGGAGCUGGCCCCUCUGACUACUAUCACUUUUCCUUGAGGCAAAUCAAGAGUAUUUUGCAAUGUUUGCACAUCCCAACCCCGAGGACUGUAAAUUCUAGUAGCACUUAUUUGAUCCCUGCUAACUAACGAACGGCACUUGGCUAAGAUGCAGUUACUCAGCCCAUCCAUGGUGUUCUGUAGAAGAAACUCUUGUAAAUAGCCUUGUGUGUACAGUGUUCAUUACAGAUUGGACACUUAUUUCUGACCAGAGUUUUAGAACAAGAAGAAACAACAAAAGUCCAGCUCAUUGGCUUUUCGUGGAUUCACCUGCAGCUUGGUUUUCUGUAAUUCUCUAAAAGUCGCAGCACUGGAUCUUAGCCAACAGUGUUGGACAGCUAAUGAUGCCCUGGGUGGAGCAGAAUCCUCUCUCUCUACCUGAGAGCUCAAAUCAUACUCUUUAUCCUGAUAACAAAUAAAGUACAGUGUCACUAGUUUUUCCAAA